AUGGAAUGUUGCAGAAUUAAGCUGAAAACCCUUAAUCCCUACAUCACGUGCUACAUAUGUAAGGGCUACCUGAUCGAUGCUACGACAGUCACCGAGUGUCUGCACACGUUCUGCAAAAGCUGCUUGCUGAAACAUCUGGACGAACACAACACGUGCCCGAAAUGCGAGAUACUCAUUCAUCAGAGUCACCCGCGCAACUACAUCAGUUAUGACAGAACGUUGCAGGACAUCGUUUACAAGUUGGUUCCGGACCUGUUCAACAAGGAAAUGCAGAGACGCGAGGCGUUCUACCGAGAGCGAGGCUUACCAUUCGAUAACCCUCUCGCUACAACCGAAGCAGAAUCGUCCAACGCGGCCCCAGCGGAUGAAGACUUUCAUCGUAGUGACGAACAGGUGAGCCUGUAUUUGUACGCCGAAAGCGAAGAAUUGAAAAACCUAACGCGGCCAUUCGUCCGCUGUUCGGUUCAGGCGACCGUUACACAAUUGAAGAAGUUCGUAGCGAAAUGUCUAUACUCAGAUAUGAACCGUUUUACGGAUAUCGAUAUUCUUUGUAACAAUGAAAUGAUGGGCAAGGAUCAUUCACUGAAGUUCAUAUUGCGCACACGAUGGAGAUCAAACGAACCGCCUCUGAAAUUGGAGUUUAGGCCACACGUCGACUUUUGA